AACCCCUUUUUUGUUUGCUUCUUCGCCCUUCUAUCACACACAACACAAAUUAAACUAAAAAAAAAAAACACAUUUAUGCCCCCGACUGUCAGAAAUAGUCUUUUGUUUGUGAACAAGCUGCGUUUUUCUCGGGGCUGGAUUUUCGUAUUCACUUUCUACUUCGGAGGAAGUGUGUUUUUCUCUUUUUUCACAUGCAGGAAAGCCUCACCCACAUAAGUUUGGCCUCAUGCAGUAAACAAGUUAGUUGAUUGGGUUUGCUUUAUAUACUGUGAUUUAAUAAGGAAAACACCAACGUAAGCCAGUCCGACCAGUGUUGGUGGUACCAGUGCCAUGCUUUCCAUUGGUUCCUGUUUACAUGAUGCCCACAGGACACGCGGUGAUUGGUGGCGCUUCACACGUGACCAGGCAACUUUGUACAUUUGACAGGGAGUAGGAGGGUUUUGUGGAGAUCAGAAAAACGACAGCGCGAUAAAAAUUAGUAUUGUUGCACUUCACAAAUUAAUGACCAUGAGUUCCUACUUGAUAAACUCCAACUAUAUCGAGCCUUCCUUUCCUCCAUGCGACGAAUAUCAGCAGAGCGGAUACAUCCCCAACCACGGUGAUUACUACGAGCGGCCAAAAGAUACGGGCUUCCCCCAUCAUGAAGAGCCAUCCUAUCCGAGGUCCAACUACACAGAAUCGGGCUACGAUUACGGUAACGUCCCCGCCGCCGGACUCGAUGAUUUCGGCGACGGGCAUCACGCACAGCCGCAGCCGGUUCCACAGAGCCACGGUCCGCGCCUCACCGCGGCCCCAGACGGUGGCGCAGGGGCAAAUGCCAGCAAAGACUGCAGCCUUGCCAGUGAGGUAUAUCCCGGCGUAGCGAAGGGCAAGGAGCCGGUGGUCUAUCCUUGGAUGAAAAAGGUCCACGUUAGCUCCGUCAAUGCCAGUUACAAUGGAGGAGUGCCCAAGAGGUCCCGCACUGCCUACACCCGCCAGCAGGCUCUGGAGCUGGAGAAGGAGUUCCACUUCAACCGAUACCUGACCCGGCGCAGGCGGGUGGAGAUUGCGCACACCAUGUGCCUGUCCGAGCGCCAGGUCAAGAUUUGGUUUCAGAACCGGAGGAUGAAGUGGAAGAAGGAGCACAAGCUUCCCAACACCAAGAUCCGCUCCUCGAGCUCGGCCUCGUCCUCAGCCUCGGGGGCCCAGCAGCAGCAGAUCAAAACAGGCCAGCAGCUUGUCCCCACGCCGUGCACCGCAGGUCUAUAGUGCAUGAACGAACCCGACCCCAUAAAAACCCAAUUCAGACUGAGAUGGCAAAUAACACAAGUGGAAUUUGUUGGACCGAUUCUCAGUAUUUUACACACAUGGUGUUAUCUCUU